CUGUUAAUAGCGCUUCUACUUUGUGUCAGUUCUAUUUCUUUACAAGGCCAAUUGUUGAAGGAUCUCAAAGUGGAGAUCUUGUCAGUUCCUUGCAAGAGAUUUGUGGAAAAGGGAGACAAAAUCGACAUAUAUUACACAGGUCGCCUUCGCGACAACAAGCAAGUGUUUGACUCGAAUGUUGGUGAGACUCCACUACAAGUAACUGUAGGAACUGGCCAAUUAUUCAAUGGCUGGGAUCAAGGCCUCUUAGGAACCUGCGAGGGCGAACGUCGACGACUUUCUAUUCCUUUUUCAAGUGCACAUGGAUCUAAGGGUUAUGGUGACAUUAUUCCGCCUUUUUCAGACCUUGAAAUUGACAUCGAAGUCAUUAGCAUUGACAAAAAUGCAGCGAGGCGUCAGAGACAGGUUUAA